AUGGUAUCAUCUUGGGCUGAAUUAGCUGCACGAGACUGGAUGACAUGCAACAAAAUCAGAGGAUGUAGCAGGUGGAUGUUUCUCGCACGUCUUAUUUCGAUUUUAGGUUUGUCUGAUGAACUUGGCCUGCGGAGAACACAUCAUACCCUAGCCUCGGUAGAACCCAGUAACGUGGCCGCUAGUACUCUUUCUGAGGCUGAUGAGAGCGAUGCUCCCCUUCUGUUGAUCGAUUCUGGUGGACAGGCCAUCUGGAAAAAACUUGGUCAUACUUGUCCUGUUUCUGGUGGAGACAAAAUAGGUAAAAAAUGCGUAUCAGCAGGGGAUGACAAAUAUGAGCUUCUGCAAGGUGGUGGUAGGGUAGGCUUGCUGGAUACAACGUGUGCAAGCAUUUAUUCCAGGUUUUCGAGGAACCAUGUGCUUGAACUGUUUCUUUGCAGGGAUAAUUAG